UUUUCAGGGCACAAAUGGAAGACCCCUUGAAAAUGAGGACAUGUCCAGUUUUGCUUCUCAGUUUUCUUGGGCAGUAAGUUGGGCAGUUAUUCCUCUUGACUUUUAAGUUCUUGACAAAUACUUUUAUUAGUUUAAUAAAAUAUGUAACAAUGAAAUAUGAUGAAACAAGUUUAACAAAAGUUUUGCAGUGGGUAUUUGGUCAUGACAACUUUCUAAAUGCCGUUCAAAAAGAUGCUACUGUUGCUAUCGUUGAAGGUGGACAAUCUGUAUGCAUAUCUAUGCCUCCAGGCUUAGGUAGAUCUCUUUGUUUUCAAUUACCAGCCAUUGUACAAGGCAAAGUUGCUAUUAUUCAUUCACCAAAAUUAUCUUUCAUGAAGAAAGAAGUAGAAUUUUUAAGAAGUAAGCAGAUUAAUGCGUGUUUGUUACAUCAAACUUUAUACCCAAGUAAAAGACGAAGUAUUUUAGAGAAUUUAAUAUCAGGUUCCCCUACUAUACCAUUAUUGUAUGUUACUCCAGAUAUAGCUCUACUAGCAUAUUUUCAGAAGCUUAUAUUUGAAUUAAAAAGACGUAAGAAAUUAUCUUACAUUGUGUUUAAUGAAGCACAUUAUUUAAGUAAAUUAGGAUAUGAAUAUACUUCUAAUUAUACAAGAAUAAGUGCAGUUCGUAAAAUAUAUGAUGGCAUUCCAAAAAUUGUAGUAACUACAACAGUUACCAAUGAGGUAAUCAAAGACAUUUGUGAAGUAUUAGCGCUAAAAAAUCCAAAGAUAUUUAUAUUAGCAGCGCAAAAAAUCAAUGUAGUCUAUGAUAUAUGGUUUUUAGAUGUUCUUCCUGAUCCAUUUGAGCAUCUUAAAAACUUCAUCGUGGAAGUACUAGGGUUUUUAGGAACAAGUAUUCAGAAGGUUCUGCAAAAAGGUUGUGCCAUUAUCUAUUGUAGGGAGGUAGCAACUGCAGAAUUAUUAAAGAAUAAGUUAAAUGCUUCUGGCAUAUCCACGCUUGCGUACCACCAUAAGUUGACUCGUGGCAAGCAGCGUAAUAUCGAGAAUAAGUGGAUAUCCGGUGAUGCUUAUGUUAUUACUACAACAUACAGUUAUGGAUUCAUUUAUAAGAAAUCAAUUAGAUGCACAGUGUAUUGGACAGUACCUGAAAAUAUUUCCAAGUAUUAUAGAGAAUCAAUGCAAAACCGUUCGGAUAAUAAUUUGUCGCAUUGCAGAAUAUAUUUUAGCGUGAAGGAAUAUUUGUCGGUGAAAAUGGCUAUCGAAAAUCACGAUGUAAUAAACGAUUCAGAGCAUAUAAAACAAAGAUUAAAAGAAUACGAAAAAUUAAUAUCCUAUUGCCUUUUAGUAAAAUGUCGUCACGUGGUUAUUAGUCAAUAUUUUGGGCGUGUAAUACCCCCUUGCAAAAGAAAUUGUGAUGUCUGUAAGGAUGAAGAGAUAGUAGAAGUAAGAACCGCUAAAUUUCUCGUAUUUUCUGAAGGUAGGGAGGGAAUAAAAUACAACAGUUGUGAGAUAAGUGAAGACUUGCCAAUUAAAGAGACUAAUUGUGAGGAAUUAAAAGUAAAAGACAAUAAUAAACAGAUCGUGCAAUAUAAUGACAAAACUAGUCAGGAAGGCACAGUACACACGUGUACAUACACAUCGCAAUCUUUAGUGGAUAAGAAUAACGUAAGGAAAGAUGCGACGUCACCAGAACUAGGUUCCUCUUCACGCAAGAUCAUAAAACAACCAGUAAAACGAAAAAAUUCUAUCAAAAGUCCUAACAGAAAAAGAAUUAAGGUUUUGAAAAUUACUAAAAUGAAAGUAGGCGGAAGAAGCGAUCUCAUUCCAAGGAGAGACUCCCCUGAAGUCGUUGUCGCUGACACCAAAUACCAACAGAAAUUAAAUUCUGAUAAUAAACCAAGCAUUGAAAUACAAAAAGUUACGGAUAAAAAGGCUGUUAUGAAACAGUCUAUGAAACCCCUUAAGAAUAAUUCAAACGCGAGCGAGUCGCGUGAUAAAGCAAUAAUAGAAUAUUUAAUGGAUAAGUAUAAUUUAGACAGACAAUCAAUAACAUUAGAAAUAAAAAAAAAGUGAAGUUAACUAAUAAUAAUAUAUAAUAAUAUAUAAAUAUGAAACUAAAAUUAUUUUUAUAUGUAAUAAAAAGCUAUUUGAAAUGAUAUUGCUGUCGGUUGUUAACCAUUGCAAUAAUAUAUAAAUAUAUCGUUAAUAUUAUUUUUAUGAUAUCAUUAUGGAAGGUGAUUUUUUUAAAUAGAUUGAUUUGUAUCGCAUCGGUGCUAGACGCAAACUGGGUCGACGAGUUAUACUCGUAAAACGUCAAACUUGCUCAUUCACGCAACAGGUGAUAUAACUCGUAUUUGAGUCUUUGGAUUUUCUUACCAACACCCGGAUGAUGCACUCCUGUGUCUUUAGACCUGUCUGUCACGUUCCAGUUUUCAAAAAUGUCCUUAUUUGAAGUUGCAUGUGUUCGGCCAAAUUAGAAUGUUUUAGAACGUUCAAACGCGAAACAAGGGUGUUUCUAUGUCACUAAUAAUGAGUAAGAUGCAUAAUUUCAGUAAAGGUAUUGAACAAUUUCACAACCCUCCAGAGGAGCACAGUUUGAGAAUCACUGGACUAUCUGGGAAAGGAUCAAAUCUAUUCCACAUGCAACAUCAACCAAAUAAUAAUGUCAAGUAGCAAGAGGAUAAGAUACAAGAAAAGGAAGCAUUCGAACCAGUAAAAUUGCAGGAUUGAAUGAAACAAUCCCGAAGAUGUUCCAAGAGUCCUGUUUCCUGGAUGCGGCAAACCGGAAUCACCCAACGGGAGCAGCUACGUCGGCAGUUGCACGACAAUUGGCAAUCGGUCGAAAAUAAUAGGCAGGCGGUCGCUUGGAGAGGGAGAGCUUUUUGGCUCGGUUAGGCUGCACCAGGGAUAGAAACGGCGUGAGGUCAGAAGAAAGAGGAACGGGCGUGCUUAUCGUGCAUCGUCUCCAACUACCUCGAAACGCUUCUCCACGGUAAGCUAAGCCUGAACCGUGUCCCUCCACCCGGCCGUACUUCUCAACAUGCCUCGACCAAGAGUACCUCAGCUGACGUUCGCAAAAACAUCAUCGCGACACGUGUAUCGUCGUCUUCUACCCUGCUUUUACCCGCAGGAUCAUCGUUUUCCUAAUUUCGUUUCUCACUCUGCCAGGGGUGUAUCGGUCAAUCUGACCAAUUCGUCAAACGGCUUAUUCGUGACGGCUUUCAAAUGAAAUUGUAAUUCAUCUGUGUCCAGACUGCCAAGAUUUUUCAUACAUAUCAAACGUGUUUUCGUCUAUAGUUUGCUACUUAACGAGUUAAGUACAUCGUGUUACCAAUUUGGCGUAUUGAUCCUCUAUGCAAGUCAUUCUGUUUUCACGAUCGUACUUCUUUCUUUUAAUUAUGCUCAACUGAAGUAUCAACUGCGUUUUAAUUAACAAAUGAAGUACCUUUGGAUCUUUUUAAUUGAUGGUCAAUAUUCAUAUUUCCACCAGAAAAGAUUAAUUUUAUGCGACCUCACAUGUUAAUGUGUCUGAAAUGUCUGCACGAUUUGGAUUUCGUUUUAUUUCUGUAUGGGUUUCUACAAAAUAUUGGGGGGGUUCGUAACGACAAAAAUUUGGAUAUUCCAGGUCUCAUUCAGUGACGUCAUACAGUCUUUGACGUAAAUGCUUCGUAGCUGGUAAUCGAAGAGAACCUGACAACACUCUGACCACUUGAGACGAGUUCGAUUUUUUAAACGUUCCUUCCCGCGCUCUUCGAGUGAGUCAAAUAUAGAUCAUUAAAUUCGAUAAUACUCUGGUCUUGUCCCAGUAAUCUCUUUUUGUUAUCGAGGGACCUUAACACAGCGCGAAAGAAAAGAAAUGGAAAGCACAAAAAAAAAAUCAAAUCCCUAGAAUCUCUGUUAUUAACAAAUUACUCGUUAUCAUCAAAGGAAAGACGUUGGCAUAUAGAUCGUUCGGUUCUCAAGAAGAAGGAUUAACAACCGACUGAAAAAAAAAAAAAA